AUGGCAUCUGAUUUAGAAAAGAAAAUUAUUCGGCAAGUCGAAUACUACUUUGGCGAUGUUAACUUGCCCAGAGACAAUUUCCUGAAUACCCAAAUCAAGGAAGACAAAGAUGGAUGGGUACCGCUAGAGGUAAUGUUGAAAUUCAAAAGGCUUUCCGGCAUUUGCGACGAUUUGAAGGUGAUUGCGGAAGCCCUGGAAAAGUCCGAGGAAAAAAUCGUUUUGGUCAACGAGGAUAAAACUAAAAUCAGAAGGAAUCCGGAAAAGCCUGUGCCAGAAAAUAAUGAAUCACAUAUAAAGAAGCUACAAGAAAGAUCUGCUUAUGCCAAAGGAUUCCCCGCAGAUUCCCAAUUAGACGAUAUUGUGACAUUCUUGGAAGAAUAUGGUCCUCCCGAAUCGGUAAUUCGCCGUGUAGACAGAUCCCACAAAUUUAAAGGGUCCUGCUUCAUUGUAUUCAAAGACAUAGAAGGGGCUAAAAAAUUUGUAGAGCUUGAAAGUGUUAAAUAUAAAGAUAUUGAACUGAUCAGAAAAAUGCAACAAGACUACCAUGAUGGUAAAAAGAAAGAAAUUGAAGAACGUAAAAAGGCACAAAAAGAAAAAAAGGAAGCUGUCGUUAAGGAGAAUGCCCAAAAAAUCGAAUUUCCCAAUGGUGCAAUAGUGCACUUCACUGGUAUAACUGAAGGCCAAGAAAUACUCAGAGAAGAAAUUAAAGAAAAACUUAAAGAAGCCAGUGGAUUUGAUGUUUCUUACAUUGACUUCAAUAAAGGAGAUUUGGAAGGCUAUGUCCGGUUUGCAAAAGAAAAUAAUGCUAUUGAUUUUUUCAAAACGUUAACCGAUGGGUUAUUUGAAAUUGGAGAAAUCAAGCUUAAACUCAAAACCUUAGAAGGCGAUGAAGAAAAGGAAUAUCAUAAGAAGACUUCUGAGGCUAUGGUUACGCAACGUAACAAAUCCAAGCACUUCAACCGCAAAAGGAAGGGAAACUUUGGUGGAGGAAAUAAAAAUUCCAAACAUCACAAGAAAUAA